ACGUCUAUUAAACUUGAUUUGUUCUCCAUGUAUUCUUUGUUGAAGCGAUACCUAGGUAGGUAGUGUGGCAAGUAAAAGUGCUACCAUCUAGGGCUGUUGCAAACGUUUAUUAGUCUUGAAAAACAACUGCCAUAUAAUGCAGACAUGUGCAUGUUCCUAAGCGUAAUUUCCUGUUUUUCCAACACAGUUAUAUUUAUAUAUUUUUUACCUCUGUGAUUAUCUUGUAUCUAAGCCUCUGCAAACUUCCCCUUUAUUUCAGUUCUUUUGACAGACUUGCAGUUUAGCCAAUCAGUGCAGGCUCCCAGGUAACUUCACGAGCACAGUGUUAUCUAUAUGAAACACAUGAACUAACACCCUCUAGUGGUAAAUAACUGUUAAAAUGCAUUCUGAAAGAGGCGGCCUUCAAGGUCUAAGAAAUUAGCAUAUGAACCUCCUAGGUUAAGCUUUCAACUAAGAAUACCAAGAGAACAAAGCAAAAUUGGUGAUAAAAGUAAAUGGGAAAAUUGUUUAAAAUUACAUGCCCUAUCUGAAUUAUGAAAGUUUAUUUUGGACUAGACUGUCCCUUUAAAGUAGAACACUGUUUUUUUUGUAGGCGACAGAUAUUAUCAGGUUGCAUUAAGAUACUUUUCACUUAGAUAUGGUUCAGGAAAUGUAACAAUAUAUUUCCCUCUACAAAUAGAUUAAGUGCUCAGGUGUGGAUGUAUUUUCCAUUAUGAUCCUAAUGAUAGCAUCAUAUUUAGCUUGCCUAGUAAAAUACAGCUAUUAACCUAAUAGCUAUUCCUAAGCGUAAUUUCCUGUUUUUCAACAAAGGAUAUCAAAAGAACAUAGACAUUCAAUAAUAGAAGUAAAUUGGAAUUUUUUUUAUUUUUUUUUGUUUUUAAUUCCAUGCUUUAUCCAAAUGAAAGAAAUGUCAGGUCCCUUUAAUGUGCCUCUACACCCAGGUUGAUAAUUAAAAUAAAUGCAUGCAUUCAGCUAAUGGUAUAUUUGCAGUCACAUGUUGAACUUAAUUUUGUGUUUCUUUUUCUGUAAGACUUCCAGUUUUUGCAAGCAGAUUGUUUAUUUCCUACACUUAAUUACUCCAGCAACAAUGUCUCAGGAGAGAGCAAAAUCCAAAGUAGAUGGUUCUGACAGUGAUAAGUCGGAUGGGAUGCAGAAGAAAGCACAAAGCUUAGACCCUAAAAUCAAGUCACCCACCGUGACCAAAAGCCCUAAAAUAAAGUCACCCACCGUGACCAAAAGCCCUGGAAAAAGAAAGACCCAGGAUGUGAAAAAGGUUAUAUCAGAAUCAAGCAGUGGAGAAACCUCAGAUGUGGACCUCAAGAAGAGAAAGAAACAGGAGAAAGAGGAGUCAGAAGGAAGUCUGGUGGACGCCGUUAAGAAGUUCCGUCAAAGGGAAGCCGCUUCUGUAGCUGAGUUUAAAUUCAACAAGAAAAGGGUGCGGUUGGUGUCUAGUGACGCAGAUAUCGCAGACGAUGUCCACGGUAUUGUGUACUGGAUGUCACGGGACCAGAGAGUGCAAGAUAACUGGGCCUUUCUGUAUGCCCAGCGCCUGGCACUUAAGCAGAAACUGCCCUUACAUGUGACCUUCUGCCUGGUGCCAAAAUUCUUAGAUGCUACUAUACGGCACUACGGUUUCAUGCUGAAGGGUCUACGAGAGGUUGCUGAGGAGUGUCAGCAGUUAAACGUGCCUUUCCACUUGCUCAUUGGCUAUGCCAAGGAUGUGCUCCCCACCUUUGUGAAGGAUCAUGGCAUUGGGGCGGUUGUGACUGAUUUUGCCCCUUUGCGAGUCCCCAUGCAGUGGGUGGAAGAUGUCAGUAAAAACCUACCUAACAAUGUACCAAUUGUGCAGGUGGAUGCUCAUAAUAUUGUCCCUUGUUGGGUCGCAUCCAACAAGCAAGAAUAUGGAGCAAGAACCAUCCGCAAAAAAAUCCAUGAUCGACUAUCUGAAUUUUUGACCGAGUUUCCUCCCAUAGUCAAACACCCUUACAAGUCAAAGUUUGAAGCAAAGCCUAUAGAUUGGGAGAAAUGCUAUGACAGUCUGGAAGUUGAUCGCACAGUUGAGGAGGUAGAAUGGGCAAAACCUGGAACAGAUGCAGGAAUGAAUGUCCUUGAGGAAUUUAUAUCAAAGCGACUCAAGUUCUUCAACUCUGAUAGGAACAACCCAAACCUAAUUGCUCUAAGCAAUCUGUCCCCAUGGUUUCAUUUUGGGCAGCUCUCUGUUCAACGAGCCAUCUUAGAGGUGCAGAAGUAUCGCAGUAAGUCCAAGGAGUCUGUUGACAGCUUUGUGGAAGAGGCUGUGAUAAGGAGAGAACUAGCCGACAACUUCUGCUUCUACAACAAGAACUAUGACAAAGUUGAAGGUGCUUAUGAUUGGGCCAAAAACACUCUAAAAGACCAUGCAAAAGACAAGAGGACUCAUCUGUACACUUUAGAGAAGCUGGAAGCUGGGAAGACUCAUGAUCCUUUGUGGAAUGCAGCUCAGCUCCAAAUGGUAAUGGAAGGGAAAAUGCAUGGGUUUCUUCGGAUGUACUGGGCUAAGAAGAUCCUGGAAUGGACAAGUUCUCCUGAGGAGGCUCUGAAGUUUGCAAUCUACCUUAAUGAUCGGUUUGAGCUAGAUGGACGGGACCCAAAUGGAUAUGUAGGAUGCAUGUGGUCGAUCUGUGGUAUCCAUGACCAGGGCUGGGCUGAACGUGCAGUGUUUGGAAAGAUCCGUUAUAUGAACUAUCAAGGAUGCAAGAGGAAGUUUGAUGUGGAAAAAUUUGAGCGCCGUUAUCACCCCAAGAAGAUCAAUCCAAAAUAGUCAGAGCAGUGCCUAUUGGUUUCAUGUCCUAUUUAUAUCAAAUAACUUUGUUUGCAUCCUCAGGGAAAACCUGUUCUAAGCACUUCAUUUUGGCCUUCUCCAUAGACUUCAAUCUGCAUUAGGUAGUUUUUUUAUAGGUUUGUAUGUCUAUGCAGAAACUGUUACAUGUAUAGUGUGCAUAUAUGCAUUUGCAUGGGGGGGGGGUUUCUACUUUUUGUACUAUACUGGAUUCAUUUAAAAUUCUCAAAUGUUCUAGUAAAUAUGCAUAGAAUUGCUAUGUUCAGCAUGCAAAGGAACAUGAGAACAAAAAUGGUUAUUUGAUACAUGUAAAUAAGCAGAAUAUUUCAAUUUGAAAUAUUUAAUCAUCAACCCUUUUUUUUCCAACACUGCAAUGUUUUACCACCAUUUGGGUUGUAUGAUGUGAAUAACGUUUAUGGAGCAUAAACUGCUUAUUCCAUUUAGUUUUGUUGUAUAAUGCUUGUGCUUUUUCUACUGUUAUUCUAUGUGGGUGUUUUUUUCUAUAUAAAAGCAAACCUUGAAUUGUGUACCUGGCCUGUUCUUUUGAAGAUAAUUGUAUUUGGCUCAUUUCUAAAAUGUCAUAUUGCGAACAAGCCCUUCACUUAUGUUUAUGUUCCAUCUUUGUUUUACAAAAGGAAAAUAAAACUGGCACUAAAAGUCAAAACGUA